AUGGGUAAUCUGACCACAAUCAAAGAAUUUCUCCUCCUGGGAUUUGGGAGUCUCCAUGGGUUGCAGUUUUUCCUCUUUGGAAUAUUUCUGGGAAUCUAUAUAGUGACCUUGGUUGGGAACAUUCUCAUCCUCACGGUCAUUUCUUUUGAUCGCAGUCUCCAAACCCCCAUGUACUUCUUUCUGGCCAAUUUCUCUUUCCUUGAGAUCUGGUAUACUACCUCGAUUGCCCCCAAGAUGCUGAAGACCCUCGCCGUAGGUCCUGAGGCAAUAUCGUUUGCAGGCUGCAUUGCCCAGUUUUACUUCUUUGGUUCCAUGGCAGUGGUCGAAUGCUUUAUGCUGGCAGCCAUGUCGUAUGACCGCUACCUGGCCAUCUGCAGCCCCCUCCGGUACCCAGCCCUCAUGAACCUUCAGACAUGUAUCCUGCUUGCAGCUCUGUCUUGGCUGGGUGGAUUUUUAACCCCUGUGGUCACUGUCACCAUGACUUUCCAGCUACCCUUUUGUGAAGCCUAUGAGAUUGAUCAUUUCUUCUGUGACCUGGCCCCUGUGCUGAAGCUGGCUUGUUCUGAUCCUGAGACAGUAGAGAAAACUACUUUCCUCUUGGCUUCUUUCGUCACCAUGGUCCCCUUCCUGCUCACCGUCGCCUCCUAUAUCCGCAUUGUUGCUGCUGUGCUCAGGAUUCCAUCCACUGGCGGAAAGCAGCGGGCCUUCUCCACCUGCUCCUCCCACCUCAUUGUGGUCACUCUGUACUACGGGACACUAGGGACCGUGUACGCCAUUCCCACCGCCACCCAGGCUGCUGUUCUGAACAAACUUUUCUCCUUACUGUACACCAUAGUCACCCCCAUGAUCAAUCCCAUUGUGUACAGCCUGAGAAACAAGGAUGUGAAAAAGGCCCUGAAGCGGCUCAUCAGUCAGGGGGCAUAUGCAAAUGGGACCUAA